AUGUAUGCCAUCGCAGACGACACUGUGCGUUACCAAUAUGUGAAGAAGAAAGGCUACGUCCGUCUGCACACAAACAAGGGAGACCUGAACCUUGAGUUGCACUGUGAUAAGGUUCCCAAAGCUGGAGAGAAUUUCAUCCGUCUGUGUAAGAAAGGCUACUAUGAUGGGACCGUCUUUCACAGAUCCAUCCGGAAUUUUAUGAUUCAAGGAGGGGACCCCACUGGCACCGGCACAGGAGGGGAGUCCUUCUGGGGAAAACCUUUCAAGGAUGAGUUUCGGCCCAACCUGUCUCAUACCGGCCGCGGGGUUCUCAGCAUGGCAAACUCUGGUCCAAACACCAACAAAUCUCAGUUCUUCAUCACGUUCCGGUCAUGCACCUACCUCGACAGGAAGCACACAGUGUUUGGAAGGAUUGUUGGUGGAUUUGAGGCACUCACAGCUAUGGAGAACGUGGAGAGUGAUCCCAAAACAGACAAACCAAAGUCGGAGAUCAAGAUCAUAAGCGCGACUGUGUUCGUGGACCCGUACGAAGAGGCUGACGCUCAGAUCGCAGCAGAGCGAGAAAAGGAGCUGCAGAAGGAGGAGGAGGAGAGACAGCAGACCAGCAUCGCCCAGAAGAAAGCCAAGGAAGAGCAGGCGCCAAAAACCUUCAAGGCAGGUGUGGGGAAAUACAUCAACCCUGCCACAACAAAACGUAUGGCUGCUGACGAUGAAAGCGGACCGUCCACCAGCGGAGUGGCGCCCAAGAAGUCCAAAGGCAAGACCAGCUUUGGGGACUUCAGCUCCUGGUAGCACCGACACACUCAACAUUCACCAAUCUGUAUUUUGAGUGGUCGAGUUGAGCGUGAUCAAAAUUAAUUUCAUUCAUACUUGUUGUCUAUCGUCUCUCAGUAGUGUUGGCGUGUUGUGGAACAAAUAAAGUUACUUUUUUACAAAGAAA